AUGGCCCUGAGCACUCCAUCCCUGAAGAUAGGUCUGGAAGACAGGUAUGACAUUCCCCGACAGUCAGACAAGCUUGCCCCCAACACCGUGGGCGGCGGGUGUCGGCGGGCCAUGGAGGGCCAGCUCCGCGGGGAGGACAGGCUGCUGUGGCAGCUCCGGGACAGCCGCUGCCGCUUCCAGAGGCACAUGCAGCGGCUGAUAGAGAAGUACAACCAGCCCUUCGAGGAUGCCCCGCUGGUGCAGAUGUCCACGCUGACCUAUGAGACACCCCAGGGAUUGAGAAUUUGGGGAGGAGGACUGGUAAAGGAGACAAACAAAGGACAAAUCCAGGACUCCCUGGUGGAGUGGGUCAGCCGGAGUGGCGGCAGCCCCGAGGGAGCCAGCGCCCAACGCCCGAGGCUUCCCGUGUCCUGCGCACAAGGCCUGGGAGCGGAUUCAAACAACAAUGAUGAUGCGUCUUUCUAUCAGGAAGAUGUGAUUGCUGGGUCCUUCAUGCCUGCAGCGCCUUGGAGCCCUUUGAAAAAUGAGUUAAGGAGGAAAUACUUGACCCAAGUGGAUAUACUGCUGCAGGACGAAGGCUGGUCAGAGCGCACUGAUGGAGAUGGAGAGGACGCCCAUGUGACGCUGAUCCCUUCGUCAGCCUUACCUGCCACACCUGCCCAUGGGUGCUGUGACGUGUCUGGAGAGAGUCCUGGCGACCCAGCUGAGCCAGCUUCAUGUCCCAGAGAGUGUGAUCCUUCAUGCCCCUGCUCGGCAGAUCUGGCCCUGGUGCCUAGAAGCGACAGUCUCUGGCUACACGGGGCCGGGGGGAGCAGCUUCUCAAGCAGCCCACCCCUUGAGGCCGACAACAUCUGUGACGUGACGAUCAGCGACCUGUACGCAGGCAUGCUGCACUCCAUGAGCCGGCUGCUGAGCACAAAGCCGUCGUGCAUCAUCUCCACCAAAACCUCGUUCAUCGCUCACAGCUGGAACUCCAGGCGGAGGCACAAGUGUAAGAGCAGAAUGAACAGGACGCGUUGCCGGGGAGCCGGGCCCUCUCGGAGGGAUCCCCAGGACAGACUCCCUCCCUGUUCUGAGCCAGGGAAGAAUAGGGAAGUGUUAAGAGAUUGUGAGAACAUACUAGAUGCUUCUGGCCAGAAAGCAGAUUUAAAAAUGGAAAAAGCUUUUCCUAAAGUAAACAAACUCAAGGUCUGCAAAUUAGAUCCAAGUUGGAGGGAGUUUAAGGGGCUAAGGAGUUCAAUGUCCCAGAGGAGUUCUUCGAUGACUUACGGAGAUGCCAGGGCAGUGCGUUGUCUUGAUCAGGAAAAUAGAUUCAUGGCAUUAAAAUGGUUAAUUUCUCCUGUAAAAGUCCUUUCCAGACCAGGAGUACUGCCAGGCAAGGGAGGGAAUCGUUACAGGGAAAUUGAAAUCAAAUUUGAUAAGCUUCAUCAGGAAUAUUGCCCCAGCCCCGGGAAGCAGCCCUGCCUGACUGCCCCCCCGGGACCCUUGGCUGUGGCCAUGUACAGGGGUGGCCCAGCAAGCCCUCGCGGCCCCCAGGGCUUAGAAACCCGCAGGCUCAGCGGGCUUUUCGGCAGAGCUGAAGCCAAGAGGUCAAAUGAGGCUUUUGAGGACCUGGGUGAAGGAGCUAUUGGAGCAGGGAGACGCCUGCAGAGGAGGAGCUCCCCUCCCUCGCUUCCAGAGACCAGCUCCGCGCAGAGUCUCAGCCGCUCUGAGCAGACGCUGGACCUUCUUUCUCAAGGAAACAAUCUUGGGAUACUUGGAAAGUCACUAUCCCCCGGCAGAACUAGCUCAGUAGCAAGGGUACUGCCUCUAAGCUGCGGAAGGGAUCGUUACAGUGAAAUAAAAGAAAAAUUUGACAAGCUUCAUCGAGAGUAUUGCCAGAAAUCACCGAAGCAGACCCAGGCGCCUUUACGUAUCGGAGCACCUCCAGAGAGAUCAAGUGUGGAAGUCCCGUAUCCAGAAGGAGGCAUCUUAGAAAAAUUGAACCCAGACUCUGGCUUCCAGGGUCCCCCAAAGCUGUCAGCAUCACCCCAGCGGAGCAGAGAAAGUACGCCGGGCUCAACCACACUCGAGUGCUUCAUGCUCAUGGCCAGUAGGGCCCACCAGUCCCCUCCAAAGAAACGCCAGUCAUCAGACUCCCUGCUGUAUGGACAGUGGGCCAGUUCCCCGGAUUCGUCGCGUGUGGUGGGCCAGGCCACCCUGAGGCAGAGCGAAAGCCCAGGCCUCGCCAGCCCCCCUGGGAAAAGAAGGAAAGAACACAUCUUUCAAGAUGGAAGAGAAAAGUGACUUUGUAUUAGAGAAAUUGAAAGCUGAAGACGUAUAGCCCAGUUAUUUUAGAGAGUUGUCCAUCUUCCCCCUUCCUGUGUGUGUGUGUGUUUUUAAUCCUCAAGAAUAUGUGAGAACUGGCUUCACUUAACUGCCCUUCAAAGCAAAUGUCAGUGAAACUGAUCCCAUUGAAAUGACUCUUUGAGUUCUUGGUAUAGAAGUUAUUUGAAUAAAGUUACUCGAUUAAAAUUUUUCACGUGACCUUUA